AGUGCCGCCGCAGACCGACUGUCCACUCCCGACGCGACAACGACGACGACGCUGGGCCAGCCAUGGACGCCGAGCAGUUCAGAGAGUUCGGCAAAGCCACCGUCGACUACGUCGCCGACUACUUGGAGAACAUCCGGGACAGGCCUGUGUUACCUGAUGUUACACCUGGUUUCAUGAGUAAGCUGCUACCAUCUGAGGCACCAUAUGAACCAGACACAUGGCAAGAUGUUAUACAUGAUGUAGAGCAUGUCAUUAUGCCUGGAGUUACACAUUGGCAGUCUCCAAGUUUCCAUGCAUUUUAUCCAACAGCAGUUUCCUACCCUGCAAUUGUGGGAGAAAUUCUUAGUGCUGCGAUUUCUGGUGUUGGAUUUAGUUGGAUUGCAAAUCCAGCUAGCACUGAACUUGAGGUAAUAGUCAUAGACUGGCUAGGAAAAAUGUUGGGUCUGCCAUCAGAAUUUCUACCAUCAUCUGAUGGUCCAGGAGGUGGUGUCAUACAGGGUUCUGCGAGUGAGGCUACGCUGAUUGGUCUGCUGGCGGCAAGAGAGACUGCAGUGCGUAAAGCUAAAGCCCUCAACCCACACUUAAAUGAAGCUGAAUUACGAGGAAAAUUCGUUGCUUACAGCUCUAAUCAGAGUAAUUCAUCAGUGGAAAAAGCUGGCCUCUUGGCAGCUGUUCCAAUGAAGUUACUUCCAUCAGACAACAAAUGUCGAAUGCGAGGAAACACACUGUUGAAACAAAUACGUGAAGAUCGUGCUAAUGGUCUCAUCCCAAUAUACGUUGUAGCAACCUUUGGAACAACAGGAACUUGUGCCUUUGACCCAGCUGAAGAACUUGGACCCAUAUGCAAUGAAGAAGGCAUAUGGCUUCACAUAGAUGCUGCAUAUGCAGGUGCUGCCCUAGUUUGUCCUGAGUUCAGGCAUUUAAUGUCAGGAAUUCACUAUGCUGAUUCUUUCAACUUCAACCCACAUAAAUGGAUGCUUACUAACUUUGACUGUUCUGCUAUGUGGUUGAAGGAUGCAACAGAACUUAGCAAGAGUUUCUGUGUAGAGCGCAUUUACCUUGAACACAAGAUGCAGGGGAAAAAGCCUGAUUACAGACAUUGGCAGAUUCCCCUUGGACGACGGUUCCGUGCACUGAAGUUGUGGUUUGUUCUACGCCUGUAUGGAAUUCGUGGUAUUCAGGACAUAAUCCGAAAACAUGUGCAGCUGGCCAAAUAUUUUGAAACACUUGUCAGAGCAGAUCCUCGCUUUGAGAUUCCCUGCGACCAAAGUAUGGGUGUUGUGUGUUUCCGUUUGAAGGGUCCUGAUGAACUGACCAGAGACUUAGUUGCACAGCUAACAGCACGAAGGAACAUUUACUUGAUUGCAGCAACUGUCAAUGAACAGAUUGCAGCACGAUUUGUUGUAUGUAGUACUGUGACAGAAGAGAAGGACAUUGUAAAAUCAUGGCAGGAAAUUUUGUAUGUUGCAAAUAAGAUACUGGACUCCAAUGUUGAUGAUAUGAGUGUUAAAAUUGUAGAAAAGGUUUAAAAUAUAUUUGAAACAUAUGUGGGCCAUGUAUUUUACAACAGACUGUAUACCAUGAAAUAUGUAUAAAAUUUUUAGCUUUAAUGCACUGUGUGUUUCACAUACUGCACCAUCACAAAAAAUAAAAUGAAACAAAAUAAAAAAUAACAAAAGCAUAAAAGGCCUCAUACAGCAAGUAUUGUAAGAUGUCGCAUACUGUUAAUAUAUAAAUCAUUGACGAGAAGAAUUUUUUACACAAAAUGUUUUCUUGGUUAAACACUGCUACAAUCUCUCUCUCUCUCUCUCUCUCUCUCUCUCUCUCUCUCUCUCUCUCUCUCUCUCUCUCUCUCUCUCUCUCUCUCUCUCUCUCGCUACACUUUUGGAAACUCCUAUUACACAUGCAGCAAGAAACUGAGGGCCACUAUAAAUUCAAAGGAAAAUUAACUUACCUGCUUAUAACUUAAUAGCAUAUACAGUCCAGAUGCACUCAAUGAAAAAAGGGAUGCUGAUCACUGGUAAGACAGUGGCAGAUUUUAGGGAAUGUGGUGUUGUUUUCAGUGAGUGCAAUACUACCUCUAAAUUUUAAAACAUAUGUUUAAAUAAUUAUUUUUACUAUUUCCCCAAACAAUUAACUUAAUGCAGCACUAGGUAACUAUUAUGGAAACACUGAAUCAUUACAGGCAAUCACAAAAAGCUCAUCCAUGAGAUAGCCAGAAUGAGUAAUGACCCACAAAUACUUUCAUAUCAUAAAUAUUUCUGAAACAUGAAUAUAAGUUGUAUAAAUUCCAAGAACAUGCUCAUAGCUGUCCAUUUGAAAACUGACAGCUAAGACAAUAAAAUGAAAUCAGCACUGAAUAUUGUAGAAAAGACAGGAAGGAGACCAUGAAAGAUGACACUGUUGCUGUUAAAUGGAAUUAGACUCUUAUAACGGACAGUUCAUGUGGCGCAGGUAUUACAAAUAACUUAAAAAUUAGCAAGAAAAAUUGUGUAAGCAGUUGCAAGGUGACAGGAAAUGAGAAUAUCAAAAAUGCAAUACAGAUGUGAUGUAAUGAAAUUGAAAUUUCUCUCAUCCUCAUGUAAAAUAAAGAAAAUCACAAGAUGCUCAAAGGCAAAAGUUUAUAUGAGGCUGCUGAUACUGCUAAGCUAUUAAAAUGUUCUAGUCUUAUAAUGUGUAAUGUUCUUAGUCACAUGACUAAUACAUAAUUAAUUCAGGAUAUUUUUCCAAACAGGUUAAUAUAUGUCACUGUAUGCUUCUAUAAAAUAAAGUUGGAGAGGUACAAAUACGUAUCAGACAGUCUAUUUUCUGACAUCACUUUCCAAAAUCUUUGAGAGAAUAGUGUACCCGAGAAUUGACCCCCAGUUGCACCAAUAUGACAAGCUUACCCUGUCACACUUUGACUUUCAAGAGAAACGCUUUUGUGGAACAGAUGUUUGUACAUUCACUGAGAUUAUAGUAAAAUAUUAACUGAUAAAAAGUAUUACUAGUUGUGUUCUUCUAGAAUUUGCAGAAGGUAUUUAAUUGUGUAAUUCAUCAUAUUUUAUUUUAUAUUUUAUGGAAUAAAUGGUUCAGAACACAAAUGUUUUAUUCAUAUUCAAGUGUAUUGUAUCACUCCAAGCAAAAGACAUACUUUGUUAUUGUUCCACAAUUUUUUGCCACUUUGACUGCAAUAAACUGAUUUCACUGAUGUUCA